AUGUCACCAGAUGUCCAAAAUGAUUUGAUUGAAUGCAUAGAUGCUGUGAUUGAGGAUCAAAUUGAUAAGGAAAUAAGGGACUGUCAGUUCUUUAGUAUCCAAUGUGAUGAAACGUUGGAUGUGUCUACUAAAGAGCAACUUAGCGUCAUUGUUC